AUGGAUCCUCCGCUCGGCAGUUUCCCGCUUCUUCGGACAUGGAUACUCCUGGUCGCCAUGACAACGCAGACGACAGAAGGAGGUCCCUACGGUAGGCUUGGAUGUUGGACUGACAGUGGUGAUCGCGCCAUUCCAGUCAAUCUGGAAGGGACAGAUCCCCGACUGGAUGGAGCUUUUCACUCUCGGCUGAACGCCAUUGAGAAGUGUUACCGGGUGGUCAAGUCCCGUGGGUUCCAAGUUUUCGGUGUUCAAGACGGGGGCCAGUGUUGGUCGUCUGCACCGGGAGGAGAGGCCUACAAGAAGCAUGGACCGUCCACCGCAUGUGCUGAAGAUGGGAAGGGCGGCUCAUGGGCAAAUGAAGUCUAUAGAAUCAUACGUGGCCCAUACAGAAGUAUCGGCUGUUGGGGUGAGGAUAGCCCUAAGGCGAUCCCGAGUCUGGAAUUGACGGACCCCCGCCUGGAUGGAGACUACCAAACUCGCACCAACCCCAUCGAGAAGUGUUACUGGGUGGCCAGGGAACGGGGGUUCCCCAUGUUUGCCGUUCUGGAUGGGGGUCAGUGUGGCUCAUCAGCAACAGCGAUGGGAACGUACCAACUGCACGGGUCGGCUAAUAACUGUGUUAACGGAGAAGGAGAAUCGGAUGCCAAUGACGUCUACGAAAUCGUUUACGACGAGCGCUGCCCCGAUGGCUAUACGUUAUUUGCCGAGGACUGCUUCAAGGUAUUUCCCGACACAAAAACGCACUCGGACGCACAGACACACUGCAACAAUGAGGGUGGCAGCCUGGCGAUGCCAAAAGACGAAGCAACCCACCAGCUACUCGAGUACCUGUUGGAGAGAGAAAAGGCUGCAGGGUCCUUCGUUGGUUUGAAACGAGUCACCGGCACUGACAGUUGGAGAUGGGAGGAUGGAAGUGACUUGGGCAGUUUCAGUAGCUGGAAGACUGGAGAGCCAGAUGGUCAGGACUGUGUGAAGUAUAACAGCAACCGCAACUGGGUUGACAUCACGUGUUCACAGAACCUCGGCUUUAUCUGUCAAGUACCACAAGCCUCUGAGUGGCGGCAGCUGUUCGCAACAGCACGUGGUACGGGACAGAAAGUCUUCGAUGCAUGGAGUGCGGAUUCUGACACCGCGGUCCAGCACGACAAAAGCCCCCUUGUUGAGCUGUGGUCGUACCUGGGCAUCAGUAAGGUCGUGUGGGAGUCCACAUCUGGGGAUGUUACGCUGACUUUCGACGGACAAAACACCGACAAGUACAGCUGGUUCUCCAAGUCUCGCCUGAUCUCAUCACCAUGGACUGAUCUGGACACUGAGCCAAUAGACACAUUUUCCAUCCACGACGAACCCAGUCAAAGGAGUUUCCUCAUCAGUCGGAAUCAUGCUGUCUGUGGAAGCGCCCGUGGUUGGUUAAGUUUGGCUGAGGGUGGAACGUCUGCUACUUGUACGUGGGAACAGACACCCAACGAUGACGUUCCUGCCAUUCUCUACUCUACUGCCACUAACAACGUUGCUUGGAGUGCAGGCGACUCUACAGUUGGGAGAGCCGAUCGUAUGGUCAUCUACGUCACGACCGUCAAGCACUGUCCGGAUGGCUAUACACCGUUCACCGAGGCAUGCUACAAGAUAUUCACCGAUGAAAAACAGUACACGGAUGCCCAGACUCACUGUAACAAUGAAGGUGGCCAUCUAGCGAUGCCCAAAGACCAUGCUACCAGCAGUCUACUUUCCUACCUAGCGAGGCAAGGAAAUCCUGGAGUACAUUACUACAUCGGCUUGACGGCCGACGGUAACACUUGGAAAUGGAGCGAUGGGAGUGAACUGGUCGGCUUUAGUCAUUGGGCAGAGAAUGAACCAAAUGUUGCAAGCGAGGAAUGUGUUGUCCUACUUAAAGGUUCCAACUACCAGUGGGCUGAUGUACAAUGUUCUAAGUCCUACAGCGGCGUUCGCGCUAUAGUUAACACCCGUCACUGA